ACGUCGUCUCGAUUAAACGUGUUAGUGCUUCCGGUUUUCGGCUAUCGUCGCUGCGCUGUGUUCGAAUUGCGCGUAUUCGGAAAACUCAAACAGCCGCCGCCCAGACAAAUAUGGUUAGUGAUUAGUGUUUUUUGUACAGCCCGGUGGAACAGGUUUUAGCGAAUGUUUUGCCGGUCUAUGAUCUAAGACGGUGACGUUAAGGUCGAUAAAGUCGAUUAGUGGGACCUAAGAAGAUUCGGCGCGGGAGAAAAUAGUCCGUCAUCCCAUCAGAUAAGAGACAUAAAUAAAUCACGUGAAGCUUUUCGCCGGUGUUCGAUACUGGCUUCCGAACGUAUUGGAGCCGGAACAGGCACCGCCGAAAUCGGACCACAUCGUCGUCGAAAUAAUAAAUAAGGGACAAUUGCAAGCGCCAAAAGGUGUCUUCUCGCGGGUAUCGAACCCGAGAUUGACAUGCAAUUCGAGCAAAGGAAGCGGAAGUAGUGGCUCCGGAAGGAAACAUCGGUGGUGAUAAAGGUGAUUAACGAUAGGAUGUCGUUCCGUGCUCGGUGUUGAUUCGCGCGGGCCAUAAUGGUACCGAUGAGCCAGAUGACGUUGGACCGGUUCCUUACCCGGGUGGCGUCUAUCAGCCCCAACUAUUGCAGUUGUAACCUUACAGUUGACAAAUAUCAGAAUGCUGGUGAUUGUAUGUCCCGUGUACGCGCGGGAAUCCAUCAGUUCUAAUUUUUUAUGCUUGCUAGUGCGCUGGGUUUGAUUUGUUAUUGUGCUUUUCCCGGGUUAUUGAUUUUCGUUUUCGUUCUGUCUGUGUGUUAUCCUGCCGGUUGAUGAUUUAUGAUCCGGUGAUGCAAACGGCAAAGUUUUUGGCGAAGCGGAAAAAGCAACAACUCUCCGGCCGAGCCGCAUUUGUACAAGUGCUGAUGAAGGAGAAAUCUACCAGAAGAAUCCGACUGCAGAAAUAAUAAUAAAAACGACAACACAGCCAUCGACGGCGCAGCGUCAAGCGAGUGAAAAGUGAUUAGUGUCGAUUUGAAAGAGGAAGUUUGAUUCCGAAUAAAAUUUUCAGUUUGUCGAAAGUUUCCGGUUUUGUUUUUAAAUUGGUUCAGUUUUCCUUGCACGACGUACACCGGCAGUGGAGGUUAAGUUAUUUGUUCGUUGAGUUUGGAAAUUACAGCGAAAAAAAAGUCUUGAAGUUACAACAACAACAAAAAACUAGUGUGCAGUCUUAGGAGGCAAGUACGCGAGGCAAGUUUGACGUACAAUUCGGUACAUCGUGAAUCGAGCGUAUUCGUUUCGAACGUUUCGAGCAGUUUUCAUCAGAGUGGAGUUAUCAAACAAGUAAGAAUGAUGGCGCCACUCGAAUUUUAAUGUUUCAAGGAAAAGCGGCGAAUAGCCGACUGAUAUGACGGUCUUUAUUGUGUGGUGAGUUUGCGCUGGAAUAAACUCAAUCGUCACGUGCUGUAGAAUCUUGUAUUUUGCUUCCACUGUGGAGGAAUCACUCACCGACACGGUGGCUUGCCGAAGGACAUCGCCCAUAGUGGACAGGGUGUCGAGCGCCGCCGUCUAGUUCGGCUUUAAUGUGGGAAAUGUUGGAUCCGGAUCUAGAGUGUGGCAAUGAAUGCGGCGGCCCGGGACCACCUCCAGAGUUUCGAAUACCACCUCCACCGCGGCCCCCCUUUCUUGCGGAUCUGGACAACUGUAACGAGGACGGACCGGUGACGGCCAUGCUCGGACCCGGCAGCCCCUUCAACGACGGAGACAUGUGUCAAGCGAUUCCGAUUCUCGACGCCAGCUUCCACAGCAGUCCAUCAUUCCAAACGUCCGCCAUGAUUGUGCUGUGCUCGGUGCUACUGCUGAUAGUCAUCUUCAUAUCAUCGCUACUGGUGUGGAAACAUAAACGGAAAGUUCAAAACUUCCUACCCUGCAAAACGCCAACCCGCGGACCACCACAUCAUCUGGACGCAACAGGUGUCUCGGCGGCGCACUCGGUGACGUACGAGGACCCCGAUGUACACCUAGGACACCAUCCGCUUGUGUUGCGACACCAUCAUCAUCAUCACCAUCACAACAUGGAGCUCCACCACCCGAAGCAGAUUCAUUAUCCUAGCGGUUAUCCGAUGCCCCGGUCGCCACCGUUGUUCAUCUGUUCCUCGCCGGGACCGGACCCUUACCGAUCGCACGACAACGUGUAUGAAGAGCUAGAGCACCCCCGGGACACCGAUUCAGAGCCACCAGUUCAAUCGGAUGACGAUUUCGCCGAAGAUGAACUCAGCCUGCCGGGCGACAGGUCAUUCCAUAAAUCCUCCUCCGACGGUGGAACGACGGUGGCCACAAUCUAUCACGACCGUAGCGCUAGUAGCAACGCAGGAACAACCAGCGGCAGCAACACCGACCAGUACAUGGAACGGAAUCGGACCGAGCGAAAUUCGCUCCUGUCGUCGUCAUCGUCCAACAAUGACAAUAACCUAAGAACGGCCGGUGCUGCCGGUGGUAGCAGCAGUGGUAAUAACAAUAGAAACUCCAACUCCAGCACGGACUGUGCAAGUAGCGCGAGUGGGAGCAAUGUCAACAACAGCAGUAAUAACGCCACUACCAGUAACAAAGCGAACAACAACCAAACGUGUGGAGGUAGUAGUAGUAACGCCACUACCAAUUGUUCCGGGGGCACUGGUCUGUUUCGUUCUAGAAAACAACCGUUGACACUCGGAAGUGGUAGAGGCAAUAAGCACUUUAACAAUCCCCUAACAUCGGCUCAGUCACCGAGCGAAAUGCGGCUAAUGCCGACCGGCUACGAGGAAAGGGCAAUGAUGACGCUACCACCGUCCUACCAGACGGCAGCAGCAGCUACUGGCACAGGAACCCCCAACAACUUGAACAACAUCAACAAUAAUAGCUUUCUGAAUAGCAAUAGUCUGAAUAAUAACGGUAGCCGUAGUAAUUAUUACAGUACAAUCGACGAUGAAUGCGAUCCUGUUGAGCGACGAAAUCGAAUCAACGCUCAGUUGUCCGCAUCGAGUGCGACAAUCCAGAAUGGUGGCCCCAGUGUAUCUACCAUUUUCCGCAAUGGAAGACCUCCGUACCCUGGCGGCAACAACAAUAACCAUCACAAUCAUCACACAUCGAGUGGAAGCAAUCGAUCGCGGACGAAUCCCCGCUCGUUGGAUCGCCGACGGUACAUCAACAAUAAUAGCAGCAGUAGCAACAACAAUAACAACAACAGUAGUAACCUGGCCGUGAUAUCGACGCAGGAUCCAUCGCAGUACAUCUACCACGAGCCGGUUUUCCACGAAGGCCUCAUCUAUGACGCUUGUCUGUCGUAUAGCGACCGAAGCAGUGGCGGAAGUGCAGGUCCUCCCUAUCCUUACGUUUUACCCCAUUUCACCACUUUUCGCACGCAUGGUGGCAACGGGUCAGCGGCCAGCCACCAGGCCAUCUACUCGCGAGACAGUAGCUUUGGUUCCGAUUCGGGUUACAGCCAGCACACGCAGGCCUCGAAUCGCAGCACCGGUUGGAACAGGAAUCGACUGACACCGCAGCAGCAAAUACAUCAGCCACCAGCGCCGCCGUCCCGCAGUGAACCGCCCCAGGCGGUGGCGGAUUCUUGAGAAAAAACCCUUCCGGCGGCAACACUCGUUUCGCAGCUCGUGUACGGCAAGAUUCUAAUCUAAAGCGGGCAUCAUUGAGAUCAGGGGCUCAAGUAAAAUCUCCCUGAAGUGCGCACCUGAAUCAGUGUGAGUUUCAUGAGCAGAUAGUUUAUAAGGAGAAAAAAUUGUGAUUUUAAUUUUAAAGGAAACUUUCAGAAAACCCUAAUCAGUCUUAUUUAAAUCACUGUACAGUUGUAUCAAAACAAAACAAAGCAAAACAUAAAUCCCUUCCCAUGUUUUGUAAGCUGCUAUUAGUUGUAUCAACCAUUUGGCUAAAUACCAUUCGCCAAUCGAACCCCAGACAAAGACUGUUUGCUAAGCGAAGUUUUACUCUUAACUUCACCCUCUUCUGCGAAACGGAAAGAUAAACAGACACCCAAUCGAGCUAUCACAUAACAUUAAGAAUACCCUUGUACGUAGCAACAUGAACCCUUAUUCAAAUCGCGCCAAUCUUCUUCGAUGAUACAGUAACUAUAUAAGUAGUAGACAGCAAACUAACUUUUUUAUCGCAAAGCAAUCGAGAUGAGAUCGAAUGAUAUCUAAGAGCACAAAUAUGAAUCCUAAUUCGAAGAAUUUUUUUUCUGUAGGAAGAAAACCCUGUUUAAAAUCAACAAUGAACGUACUCUAGCGGUUGUAAUGUAAACUUUAAACGAAUUCACUGGAAAUGAUCCAAAACUGUAAAGGGACAAAGAUAGUCAGCAUUUCUCCAGCUCCUAUAAUCAAAUAGAGUCGUAAAACCUGUUCCAGUUUGACAGCUAUCAUUGCACGCAAGUUCACGAAUGUCGUCCGCUGGGAGCCGGCAGCUAAGCCCAGUAGGCCGUGACGAAUCGGCUUGAAUUAUAUUUCGCUAUAAACGGGGAGCCAUUUUCGGGCACCGUCCAUGUUUAUUCACCCAGUAAUGUACGCUGGCUUUACGUCGCUGUUUACGAUACGUGGCCAUUCAUCUGCUCAACUCGUAAUAAAAAGUUAACUCUCGUCAUUUUCGUUUCGGCCAGCAUGUUGUGCUUCCCUACAGGUGCGUGUAUGUAUGAAUAACGUUCGCAUAAGUAUUUUCUGUUGUUUUUCAAUAUGAUUUCUUUACGCUUCUUACAUUUGUACGGAGCCAGCCGAAACGAGGAGGAGCGACGUGCGAAACACACAAAAACUAAACAGAGCAAUUAUCUCGACCACGCCUUCCUACCUUGGAGGUGAAGUUAUUUUUUCUGCUGCUCAUUUUAUUGUUCAUUUUCUUAUUCAUUGCUUCUUGCCAACUGACCAUCAUCCAAUGUGGGUUGCAAACAUAAACCUGUGUGUACGUGAGGCUGUCAAACCGUCAUACCGCUCCUAGCCAAUUUCCUCUUAGCCAGGCAUAAACAAACAUCAAAUAAAAAUUAGUUCAACCAAAUCGAAACCAUGUUCUACUGUAAAAUGUGUAAAGUGUAUAAAAAACAUCGCCUGUAAAAAAUAUACAUAACAAAUAUUUAUGUCGAAUGGUAGCAAUCCCGUCAAUUCGUAACAAUCAAGUUUGAUUAUUCUAUCGUCGGACACUCUGUGCAUAUCCACGGUACAGUCUAGCGUCGGUCUAGCGACAGCAGUUCCGCUAUCUUUUCACCCGUACCUGUCAUUCUUCACGAGAACAAGCUUCAGAUCUUCGCAGUUUGUUACGGUAGUGCAAUCAGGAGAGCAUUCUAUAAGAGACAUUCACACACACACACCUACACUUAAGGCAAAUAUCUAUCAUAUCAUUAUGAUCGACUAUGCGGUUUUAGAGACAUUCUUAGAGAAACACUAAAACUGAUACUCAACUAUUGUACAUAUAGUGAAUUCCGCAACUCUUGUACAUAAAACUCUUUCAGUACAAUAACUGCAACUAAUCGAUUUACAGAGUAGGAUCAAUAGGCAACAAAAAAAAAACUCUUGAUACUGUCAAAUAAAGAACAACAAAAAAAAACAA